AUGUCAGUAAAAGAUAUAAAACAAUCCCUUUUGAAAGUAUCCAAUUACUUGGAAGUAUUGGAAACCCAAUUAGAUGAAAGAAACCGUUUGGUAUCCAUACUAAACCUUAACCCUAGUUCAAAUGAUAAUCUUGAACUAGUCUCAAAUUUAGACCGGAUAAAAAAAAAUUUAAAUUACUUACAAAAUGAUAUAAAUAACUUGAAAACUCCUUCAAAUGACUUGGUAAAUGAAUUAACCAAACUAAUAAACUUGUAUAAUACAAGUCUAACCAAUAUAGUUGAUUGUUUUUUCGAUAUAAAUGAUUAUAAAUUAGAAGUAAAUUUGAAUUCUCAAACAAAAUCAGUUAGAUUUAAAGAUGACGAUAACGAAUUAAGAAAUGAAUUAAUGGGGACUCAAAAAUUUCAACCGUAUCAUGACGAUGAACAAAGUCUUGAAUCAAUAUCCAACCAUGAGUUUUUCGCUCAACAUCAGCAAACUAUACUACAGCAAGAUUCUCAUUUAGACUCUUUACAUGAAUCAAUUCAGUUUCAGAAAAAUUUGGGCCAUAAUAUUAACUCAGAACUCGACGAUCACAUAAUCUUGUUAAACGACUUGGAGCAAGGCGUGGACUCGUCGCAUACUAGACUAAAUCAAACCCAUAGAAGAUUAAACGUAUUUAGAAAUAAAGUUAGAGAAAAUGGUAGCUUAGUCACUAUUAUCAUAUUAACGGUAAUUCUAAUUCUUUUAUUGGUUGUUUUAAAUUGA